AUGGCGCUUCCGGAUGCCCUCUCCGAUAUGGAGCACCCCUGCCUCCAUCCAGAAUCCCGAGUCCUGAUCAUUGCGACGGGAGGAACCAUCUGUAUGCAGCCAACUCCCGAUGGCCUUCAGCCCAUGGGCGGCUUCCUAGAGAGCGCCAUGGCUCCCAGGCCCUGCUUCAACGACAAGUCGUCUCCUCAUGUCCAACUGCAGGCUUUCCAUAAAGGGAAGGAGCUUUCGUUAGACAGUCUUCGGACCCCUCCCAGCGCAUACUCCCGCCACAUACGCUACGGCAUUCUUGAGUUCAAUCCCCUUCUCGAUUCGAGCUCGAUUUCGUGCCAGGGAUGGAAGGCCAUCGCCGAGACCGUCAAGGAGAAUUACUCUCUCUUUGACGGUUUCGUCAUCCUUCAUGGAACGGAUUCGCUGUCUUAUAGCGCAUCGGCCCUCUCCUUCAUGAUGUCCGAUCUCGGAAAGCCCGUGAUUCUCACCGGGUCACAGGCUCCCAUCUUUGCCCUCCAAUCCGACGCCGUCGACAAUCUCCUGGGAUCUCUCAUUAUCGCGGGAACGUUUGUUAUUCCCGAAGUAUGCCUAUUCUUCCACCACAAGCUCUUCCGAGGCAACCGCACGGCCAAGGUCUCCGCUUCCUCUUUCGAGGCCUUUGAAAGUCCCAAUUUUGAGCCCCUAGCUAAGGUCAAUGGGCUUGGUAUUGACGUCAAUUGGACGCUCGUCAACCGACCCAAGAGGUUGUCCGAGUUCCGGAUUUCGACCAAUCUCGACACCGCUCAUGUUGCAUGCCUCUGGAUAUUCCCCGGAAUCCAGCCAGAAAUGGUCGACUCGGUGCUACGUCUACCUCACCUACGCGGCCUUGUCCUGGCCUCGUUCGGUAUGGGGAACACGCCCGGCGGUGUUGACGGGGGCCUAACGAGAGUCAUCCGGGAAGCGAUCCAGAGAGGCGUAAUUGUCGUCAACGUCUCGCAGUGCACGUCGGGGUUCGUAUCCCCAAUCUACGGGCCCGGCACCGAACUAGGUCGCGCCGGUGUUAUCUUCGGCCUAGAUCUCACAAUUGAAGCGGCCCUGACGAAACUAUCCUACCUUCUCGGCAUCCAAGGAUUGACGCCGGCAGAGAUAUCGCAGCAAAUGUCCCGGUCCCUCCGAGGCGAAAUGACCGAGCGAUCCUUGCCGGUAUUCUCGCACCCCGCAGAAUCAAUCGACGCAGCCGCCAGCCUCCUCACCGCCGCCGACGCCGCCUUCACCGCCCUCGGAUACGCUAUUAGGAACGGCGACCUGCCCACCGUCAAGGACAUCUUAGCGGGGGACGAGGUGACGAUGCUUAAGAAAGUCGACUACGCCGGUAACACGGCCGUUCACCUCGCCGCCCUUGGGCCGAAUCCGGAUAUCAUGAGGUUGCUUCUCGAGAAGGGCGCGAGUGUCCAUUUGAGGAACUGGGCGGAUAAUACGCCGCUGUUCCUGGCUGAGCGUGCGGGGAACAAGCAGUGCGCGAUGCUGCUUAGGGAGACGGGUGCGCAUCUGUGGAGGAACAUUGACACGUCGUCUAAGCAGAACGGGGACGAUUCGGGAAGGAACUGA